AUGGAGGCUGACUUGGAUGUGUUAAAGGAAUGCGAGGGUGUAAAUACUCAGGUUACCUGUGAAAGACUAAACUUCCCUCCUGAACCAUUUGAGGUGGACCUUGAUAUGCUCAAUGAUGAUAAAGUUUGGGAGGACCUUGAGUUAAUUGAAAAAAAAUCCAACGAACCCUUAUUAUUUGAACUUAAACUGGAUAUACUAGAAUUCAGAGCUAAAUCGUUUUUCAAGGUGCUAAUCAAAAAUAGGGAAUUUAGUACUAGGGGCUUGUACCUAACAACUAUAAUAAUUAAAUUUAACUCGGCUGAUUAUACGGCAUGGUACUAUCGCAAUGAAUGUAUGAAAUCUCUUGAUAUGGACUUGAGAGAGGAACUGGAUUUUACUAGGAAAAUAACUAUGGAAUCUAUUAAGGCUUUCCAACCUUGGAAUCACAGAAGGAACAUCUGUACUCUAGCAAAAUCUGGCUUUAACGAGAUUGAGUAUGUCAAACUGGAGAUCUCAACGUCACCUAAGAAUCAGUGUGCAUGGGGUUAUUUGACUUGGCUUGUUCGGAAAUUUGGUGUUCUAGACUUGUUCAAAGAACUUGAAUUUGUAGAAUUCUUAGUUUCAGGCGAUGUAUACAACAACUCAGCCUGGAAUUACAAGAAUUUUAUCUUCAAGUACUUUAAAGAUGAUUUUGAUUUAGAUUUCAUGGUUAAAGAGCUAGGCAAAGACUUUCAAAGGCUUUUAAAGAGAACUGAUAAUGAAGGAUUGUGUUCAUACAUAAUAGAUAUGGUUCAAUUUCUCGAGAAAUCGUACAAUAAGUGUAUUAUGACUAACUGUGAAUGUGAGGGUCCUCUGAGUAUAUGCCUCGUUAAAAUCAUAAAAUUACAACCUCCUUCUCUUCAACUUCUAAGGCUUCUGAAAAAAUUAAAACCAGAUGAAGAGGUCCUCCAUCAAAUGGCUAUUCUAGACCCUAUCAGGUCUGAUUUCUAUAAAAUAAGCAAAAGCCUACCUUAAUCAGUUUUAAUUAAGGCGAAAUCCUCUAUUAAAAAUUAAUCAGUUCAUAAUCUUACUAUUAACUAUACCUCAAUUUCCCUCCAUACA